AUGGCUCCAAAACCAACACCUUACAAACCUCUCAACAAGCGGAAGCGGCCAGCCACUGACCUGCAGGCCACCUUUUGGAAGCAAGAGGAUAAAGAUGCCAAGGAAAUGAACAAAGUGCGUACACAAACUUCGGAUACUCAGGCUUUGGGCAUCGGGACAGAUGGAUCAGCAGCACCUCACGAAGACAAUGUUGACAACUUUGAAGAACAUGGAAUAGAUGAUAGGAAUGAAACCGGAUAUACACAUAACAAUGAUCAUUGGGAAGAUAUUGAUGAAGAUGAAAGAAUACCAUUUAAUGAACUUUCUGAAGAGGAGCGACGAAUUAUUUUGGAACUCAACUCAAACCUGUACCAAGCCUGA